GCUGGGGGGGCCGGGAGGGCAGAGGAGGGGCCCCGCGGCGCCUCCCCGACUUCGCAGCGCCGGGGACACCUCGCCAGGGGAGGGGGAAGCGCCGGGCGCAGCCGCCGGGCCCUGACUCCUGAUCUCCCGGCCCCCCCCCUCCCCCCUCCCCUCGUCCCGGUCCCCUCCCCUCCGGCCCCCGGGGAAGCCGCCACCCCCGGCCGGUCCCUCCUCCCCACCCCUUUCCCCCGACCGGGUGCCGCCGCCGAGAUUGGGCGAAUAGCGAGCAAAUACGUGCGCGUCUCGCUGCCUCCUCCGGCUGCCCGCUCCCUGCCCGCCGGAGCCCAGCCGCAGCCCCCCGAGGCGGGUGCCCAGUCCCGGCCGCUGCCCAGGCCCCGCCGCUCCUCCGCCCCGUCCCCUCCCGACGCAGGCCCGCAGCCCCCAGCGGGAAAGGCCCAGGCCGUCGCCGCCGAGCCCCAGCCCCAAGCCCAGCCCGACAUGAACCACCAUCAGCAGCAGCAGCAGCAGCACCAGAAGCCCGGGGAGCAGCAGCUGAGCGAGCCCGAGGACAUGGAGAUGGAAGCUGGAGAUGCAGAUGAUCCUCCAAGAAUUACUCAAAAUCCUGUCAUUAAUGGGAAUGUAGCAAUGGCUGAUGGACAUAAUAACACCGAAGAAGACAUGGAAGAUGAUACAAGUUGGCGAUCGGAAGCAACAUUUCAGUUUACAGUCGAACGCUUCAACAGAUUGAGCGAGUCAGUUCUCAGUCCUCCCUGCUUUGUACGGAAUUUGCCAUGGAAGAUAAUGGUUAUGCCACGACUCUACCCGGACAGACCACACCAAAAAAGUGUAGGAUUCUUCCUACAGUGCAAUGCUGAAUCUGACUCCACGUCGUGGUCUUGUCAUGCGCAAGCAGUUCUCAAGAUAAUAAACUACAAAGAUGAUGAAAAAUCAUUCAGCCGUCGUAUUAGUCACUUGUUCUUUCAUAAGGAAAAUGACUGGGGCUUUUCCAACUUUAUGGCCUGGAGUGAAGUUACUGAUCCUGAAAAAGGCUUUAUAGAAGAGGACAAAGUUACUUUUGAAGUCUACGUUCAAGCAGAUGCUCCACAUGGAGUGGCGUGGGAUUCAAAGAAGCACACAGGAUAUGUUGGCUUGAAGAACCAGGGAGCAACUUGUUACAUGAACAGUUUGUUACAGACUUUAUUUUUCACAAAUCAACUACGAAAGGCGGUGUACAUGAUGCCCACUGAAGGAGAUGAUUCAUCCAAAAGUGUUCCUCUAGCAUUGCAAAGAGUGUUUUAUGAGCUGCAACAUAGUGACAAACCAGUUGGAACUAAAAAGUUAACAAAAUCUUUUGGGUGGGAAACUUUAGACAGCUUCAUGCAACACGAUGUCCAGGAAUUAUGUCGAGUGCUGCUUGAUAACGUGGAAAAUAAAAUGAAAGGCACGUGUGUAGAAGGCACUAUUCCUAAAUUGUUCAGAGGAAAGAUGGUGUCUUAUAUCCAAUGCAAACACGUAGACUAUCGAUCUGAACGAAUAGAAGAUUAUUAUGACAUCCAACUAAGUAUAAAGGGAAAGAAAAAUAUUUUCGAGUCCUUCAUUGACUAUGUUGCAGUGGAACAGUUGGACGGUGAUAACAAGUAUGAUGCAGGAGAACAUGGCUUGCAGGAGGCAGAGAAAGGUGUAAAGUUUCUCACGUUGCCACCAGUGUUACACCUACAGCUCAUGAGAUUUAUGUAUGAUCCUCAGACUGACCAGAACAUCAAGAUAAAUGAUAGGUUUGAGUUUCCUGAACAGUUGCCACUAGAUGAAUUUUUGCAAAAAACAGAUCCUAAAGAUCCUGCAAAUUACAUUCUUCAUGCAGUUCUCGUACACAGUGGAGAUAACCAUGGUGGACACUAUGUUGUUUACUUAAAUCCAAAGGGUGAUGGCAAAUGGUGUAAAUUUGAUGACGAUGUUGUAUCAAGAUGUACAAAGGAAGAAGCAAUUGAACACAACUACGGAGGCCAUGACGAUGACUUAUCUGUACGACACUGUACUAAUGCAUACAUGUUGGUUUACAUCAGGGAAUCAAAAUUAAGUGAAGUUUUGCAGCCUGUCACAGACCAUGAUAUUCCUCAACAACUUGUAGAAAGGCUACAAGAAGAGAAAAGAAUAGAGGCUCAGAAGAGGAAGGAGAGGCAGGAAGCUCAUCUCUACAUGCAAGUGCAGAUAGUAGCAGAGGAUCAGUUCUGUGGCCACCAAGGCAAUGAUAUGUACGAUGAAGAAAAAGUGAAGUAUACUGUUUUCAAAGUAUUAAAAAACUCCACGCUUACGGAAUUUGUUCAAAACCUCUCUCAAACAAUGGGAUUUCCGCAGGAUCAGAUCAGAUUAUGGCCAAUGCAAGCUAGAAGUAAUGGAACGAAAAGACCUGCAAUGUUAGAUAAUGAAGCAGAUGGCAAUAAAACAAUGAUUGAGCUCAGUGACAAUGAAAAUCCAUGGACAAUAUUUUUGGAAACAGUAGAUCCAGAGAUGGCUGCUACUGGAGCAACAUUACCCAAGUUUGAUAAAGAUCAUGAUGUAAUGCUGUUCCUGAAAAUGUAUGAUCCGAAGACUCGGAGUUUGAAUUAUUGUGGACAUAUCUACACACCUAUAUCCUGUAAAAUACGUGACUUGCUUCCAGUUAUGUGUGAGAGAGCAGGAUUUCCACAAGAAACUAACCUUAUCCUCUAUGAGGAAGUUAAACCCAAUUUAACAGAAAGGAUUCAAGACUAUGAUGUAUCUCUUGAUAAAGCUCUUGAUGAACUCAUGGAUGGUGACAUCAUAGUGUUUCAGAAGGAUGAUCCAGAAAAUGAUAACAGCGAACUACCAACAGCUAAAGAAUACUUCAGAGACCUCUAUCAUCGAGUGGAUGUCAUUUUCUGUGAUAAAACCAUCCCCAAUGACCCUGGCUUUGUUGUUACUUUAUCCAAUAGAAUGAACUACUUUCAGGUUGCAAAGACAGUUGCACAAAGACUUAAUACGGAUCCAAUGCUAUUACAGUUUUUCAAGUCUCAAGGUUAUAGGGAUGGCCCUGGCAAUCCUCUUAGGCAUAAUUAUGAAGGUACUUUAAGAGAUCUUCUGCAGUUCUUCAAGCCUAGGCAACCUAAAAAACUUUACUAUCAACAGCUCAAAAUGAAAAUAACUGAUUUUGAAAACAGAAGAAGUUUUAAAUGCAUAUGGCUAAAUAGCCAGUUUAGGGAAGAGGAAAUAACAGUAUAUCCAGAUAAGCAUGGGUGUGUGCGGGACCUGUUAGAAGAAUGUAAAAAAGUUGUAGAACUCUCUGAAAAAGGUUCAGGGAAAUUAAGGCUGCUAGAAAUUGUAAGUUACAAAAUAAUUGGUGUCCAUCAGGAAGAUGAGCUGUUAGAGUGUUUGUCACCUGCAACAAGUCGAACGUUUCGAAUAGAGGAAAUUCCUCUGGACCAGGUAGAUAUAGAUAAAGAAAAUGAGAUGCUAAUCACAGUGGCACAUUUCCACAAAGAGGUUUUUGGGACAUUUGGAAUUCCAUUCUUGCUGAGGAUACACCAGGGUGAACACUUCAGAGAAGUUAUGAAGCGGAUUCAGACAAUGCUGGACAUACAAGAAAAAGAAUUUGAAAAGUUUAAAUUUGCAAUUGUAAUGAUGGGCCGACACCAAUAUCUCAAUGAAGAUGAGUAUGAAGUGAACUUGAAAGAUUUUGAGCCCCAACCUGGCAACAUGUCUCAUCCAAGGCCAUGGCUAGGGCUUGACCAUUUCAAUAAAGCCCCAAAGAGAAGUCGCUACACUUACCUUGAAAAAGCUAUUAAAAUCCAUAACUGACUUACAUAACCAGAUUGUCAAGGCAAGGGACAAAAAUAAGUGUGUGUGUGCACCUUUUUAACAACUGUAGAACUUUGGUACACGUGCACUAUAUCUGAAGUCUUCAGCAAGAGGAUUUGCUGCUGAUGUUAAUUUUAUUUUGUUGAGGCUGUUCAGUUUGGCUUCUCUGUAUCUAUUGACUGCCCUUUUUGAGCAAAAUGAAGGUGUUUUUAUAAAGCUUGGAUGCCAAUGAGAGUUAUUUUAUGGUAAACGUAAUGCAAGGCAAUUGUCAGCAUAAUGAGGGAAGAGUUUAGUAGAACAGUUGACAUUGGCAAAAUAUUUGUCUGUAGUACGUUUAUAGAUGGCAUAAGCUGGCUGGCUGCCCUUCCUGGUAUGGUUUUCACCAUCACUGCAGCUAGUAAGUCUUAUGUUUAGACUCACAUCAGAUUUAUUUCCUUCAGUUAUACUUUAAAUGACAUUUUUGUGCAUUUGUAAAUGCAAAAAACUCACAUCAUCAAUAAAUAGCAAUCUCUACUUCAUUGUGUACAUUGUUGGCACUUAUUCGGGAUUUUUGUCUCCUCCAGCUGCAUAGAAUCCUUUUUUAAUAAACUAGUUUUCAUUUAAUUUAGUCACUACUUUGCAUCCUGUUUUGCCAAGUGGAUGCCCUGACUCCUAAAAUGAGAUAUUUGGGUCUUUUUAUUAAAUUUUCAACCAUUGUUGAAUACAGUUGCAAUUUAUUAUGCCAUCUUCUGGGAAAUAGAAUGACACUCAAAGUUGGCAAAAGCAAGUGAAAGGAUUAUAAAUAUCAUUAAUUUAGUUAAUAUGGGAAGAGAUGGGGAAAACACAAGAAAUAGCCUUUUAGCACAGAGGGGCAUGCUCACUAGUAUUUAGUAAGCUGUUGACUUUGUAUAAAAAAGGAGGAAAAAAAAGAAAAAAAGUAAAACUGAAAUUGUAUAUUUAAUGAAUGAACAUGUACAAUUUAACACUUGGAGGUUAAUUUUGUUGGGUGAUUCUGCAAGUGAAUUUCACUGAUGUUGAUAUUCAUUGUGUGUAGUUUUAUUUCAGUCCCCAGACUGCUUCCUUUUAUUUUGGAGCUAAUGCCAGCCGCGUGUCUAGUUUUGAGUGCAGUAAAGAUAGAAUCAGCAAUUCACACUUAAUUUUACAUUUUUUUCCAGUAUUUUAUUUUGUUUCUGUAGCCGCAGUGUACAACAACUCUUCCUGUAUAUUGCCUUUUUUUGCUGGAAAAUGUUGUAUGUUGAAUAAAAUUUUC